AAUUAUUUUUGUCAUUUUGCCCUAAACCAAGUGGCGUUUAUGCAUGUUAUACAAAAAAAGAAAAUGUUGAGAUACUUUUCAUGGAUAUCUUUUGUGUUGUGCUUCUCUACAAGUAUUUGGACGAAACAAGCAGAUGGCCAGUGUAUGAUGCCGUUUGGUGAGGAAGAUACCUAUGUCAGUGCUUCUACAGGGACAAUAGGGGCUAAUGUAACACAUAUCAUUGAUUACCCUCUAACAAUACCUUUUACACCUAAAUCAGAUUUCGAAUGUCUUGAGAAAAGAGACGAUCGAUACGUUCUGAAAAUGGUAAUUGAACCUAAUAUAUUCGGGACGAUCACGAGGUUUUAUAUGUGUAUAGAGCUUUUUAAGGAAAACAACGUUACAUUUUAUUAUUAUUUAGGAACCGACUUUGAGGUUUUUGCUCAAGACCAUCUAUAUGGCGAUUCUACCGGUGGCACGGUUACGUUUGAAGAUGUAUGUAACAGAGCAUAUCCUUACGGAAAACAAACUUUUGUUAUGUUAGUUAAAGCAGAUGCGUAUGAUAAUGGAUUAUUGACAACGAGGUGUCCAGAUGAUUUAUUGGCAAUAUUCCAGAGUGUUAACAUUACACUGUCUGAUGGCACCAUAACGACUAGCUGUCCAGGAAACACGUUAGAUGUGUGUGCAAACAGAACAACAGUUAGUUUUGGCUACAAUGAUUCAUGUUCCUCUCCUGCUAAACAAACCUCUCAUAAUGGAAGCUACAGUUGUUUAUUUUAUACCACUGUGAACAGCUUUACAUAUCUAGGACUUUGGAACCAGGACAACACUGUGGACGACACGAAUAAUUACAGAUUUUCUUGCUUUGCUUUCAAGAAAGAAGGAGGCACUGUUUACUCUACCGAGACACCUAAGUUUUGUGACACAGCAACAACCGCUACGAAUCCGGGACCAGAUGGUGUGACAAUUGUCUCCUGGGAUAUUUCAGAAAUCUGUCUUGAUGGAAUACAAGGUAGCGCUGAUGAGACAAUUGACACAGACAUUUCUUGGAUAUAUUACUUGAUAGCUGGACUUGCCAUAUUGCCGCUCCUGAUUUGGUUUAUUUGUUUGUUUAUUUUAUGCUACAAGAAAUAUGGAUGUAUUUGCAAGCGUAUUAAAAUACCAAAAGUAAAACUACCGACGAAGAACAAAAAACGUCUGUCACCAAAACCACCAUCUGAACCUGAAAUUGAUGUCAGCAAGGGUGAGAUCGUCGGGCGAGCGAGGUUCACAGGACCUAUUAUUAAAGGACCAGAUUAUAACAUGUCUAAUUUGUUCCGACCUAAGAAACCAGUCGAUGAUUUUACAAUGUUGGGUGCUAUCUUCAUUGACAACAAACCAUUAUGUUUACUGGGUGCUCCUAACAUAAGACCCAUAUACAAGGAUACAUUUGAUGACUAUAUGAUGGGUGGACUACGUCGGAGUUAUACACAAAUAAGUAUUGAUUCAAGUAUCUAUGAGAAAAAAGAGGAUUGAAUGAUUAAGACGGAACAAUUAAAAGUAAUUUCUCAAGAUCUCUCCAUGCAAUUAGCGAAAAAAACCAACUAUACACAUUUAUUAAACCAGAAUCAUGAUAUUCAGUGGUUAUUAAUUUUAUUUUAUCAAUAUUACCAUUGCGAGCCAAUCAUUGUUAUGACGAGACCCUUUGCAUCAUUUUUAUUGCUUUCUAUCAUUACUGAAAUUAAUCAACAGAUCAUCUUUUAAUAAAGUGCAAAAGAUUUAAAAAAAGAAAACAAUCCGUAUUACAUCUAAAAUGUGAAAUAUCCUGCAACUACAUUCGACAGCAACUAUCAAUUUAAACUAACCUGUUGGUCUAGUAUGAAAAAUCACCAAAUGGAAAGCUGUUAUGUAGUUUUGUUGGAUAUAUCGAAUUAGAGAAUUUUGUGAUAUAUUUACCGAGGUACUAUUUAAUUGUUUCGAAUUCCUCAAUAAUGUAAUGCACAUGUAGAACGCUUUAUUUGUUUUAAGAACAACGUCAUUUACAAAUCCGAUUGACAGUUAAUUUGAAAAAAAAGGAUGUGGAAUGAAACAAAAUGUUUUAUUACUUAUUGAAAUAUUUCAGAAUAUGUAAAUCUUCAUAUCAAUCGUUUAUCAGUUUCCACACCCUAAACGAUUACGGUAGACAAAAUGUAUAUGUUUAUGAAUGAAAGAAAAACCACAAAUUGCAAUUCAUUAAAGUACAAUGUUAUGAUUAUAUAUAGUUAAAGAAUUAUGAAACUAUACAUCGCUUUUUACAAUAAACAAAGAAAGACACACAGCAAAACCAACAUACAGUGUUCUUUGUUUAUAUGAUUAUUUUAUUACGUGGGUAACAUUUCAUCCCAACAUCGUUAUUGAUACUUAAUCAAUUUAUUAGAUUACAAAGAUUGAUUGUAAAAUAAACAAUUAUGCUCUUUAUAUGUCUGCUUAUUCACAAGCUGCUCUUUGUUUAUGGAAUAUACAUGUUCAUGUUUGCAUAAUUAAUUUAUGAAUUAUGACGCUUUUAGAUGUCAAUUUAAAAUAAAAAUUUAAAUGAAAACGUU